AUGCCCCUGCUCCGCUCGUCCACUCGACCAGUUCCUGUCCAAUGCUUCUUUUGUCUCUCACCCUUGCUCCUUCCGCCCCAUCCGCAAUCAAGCAACCGUAGUCCAAAGGGGAAGAACAGGAUAUCGGAAGUAGGUACUAAAUGGAAUUGGCAGUGUGAUAGAUGCGGAUGCUGGAAUAUCAAAGAUGAGACAGGACAGAUGAUCUCAGAUUUACCUGCAAUGCACGAUUCAGCAUAUAACGAACGAUCUUUCUCUCUCAGAGCUACACCUUCAUCAUCCCACCUUCCUUCAUCAUCAUCAUCUUCCUCGACUUCGUUGUUUUGUCAUAGUUGUCUGGCAAAUCAGACAUUGAUCAUGAACAUGCUAGCCAACUAUCUACCAGACGAUGACGAUCCUUCCUACCCCAUGCUUUACGCUGAUCUACCAAACUACCUCUCGAAAUUGCAUUUACGCUAUCCGCCAGUAUGCAGGAACUGUCAACCUGCAGUUGAUGAUGCACUCCGGAAAUCCGAUCAUAGAGCUCAAGUACAGGCGUGGAGCUCAGCGUUGGAUCGAGGAGCCAGGUCGCCGAGGAGGAACGACCCGGCGGGUGGUGGGGAAAUAGGUAGGGUGAGCAAGGGGGAUAUUCUGAUAUGGAGGAUCAGAGGGGGUUUGUGGUGGAUCAGUCUAGGUCUAAGUUUGGGCCAAGGUAUACUGGCAUCGGAUUUUCUUGCUAGACUAACAACGAUAUUGAACAUACCUCCACCUACUAUCCCGUAUCUACCGUUCGCAUUACUGCUUUUCAAUGUACUUUCCAUAAUAUGGAUAGCCUGGGAUCCAUAUUGGUUGAAGAGAGUCAGGGAUAGGGAUAAAACCAAGAUCGAAGGGAGAGGCAUAUGGGUGCGAAAUAUGAUGAUCAUAAUGUUUUUGAGAAUCAGUGGAAGCGCCAUAUUAUGUCUCAUCACAGAUCAAGAGACAUCACCUCCCUUCUUUCUUAAAUUGCUUCAGGCGACUUUCGCUCUCGAAAUCGCACUUCUGCUACACUCAUUAAUGAGUAUCAAGAUCUCACAGCCAGUCUCUAUCAAACUCGUUCGACCAGUAUCCGUCACCUUAGAUACCAUCCCAAACCACCCACCAUCAACACAAAACGGCCAUGAUCUAUCAUCUUUAUCACUCUCAUCAUCUCAACCUCAACCUCAAGUGUCAUAUACGAGUAUCGGCGUAAAUCCAAUAUUCGGUCAACUAUCGUUGCAUAAACCCCUAUCUGAAACCCUAAUGGACGGUGAACCGAUGGAUUGGGAACCUACACGACAACAGUCCAAUAGAUAUCCGCUAUUCGCACCUCAAAGUGAAUAUGACGAAGGAGAGGUAUUUCAGAGGAAAGAGAAUUGGGAUACAUUCGGGACAAAUAAACAGAGAAUGUUCCAUCAGAAUGAUGAAACGGGUUUGGAAAAUCUAUUAGCUGGGUGGGGUUUAGGUGGUCCCUCUACUAUCCACGCGAAUAUGCAGCCUAAUGGUAUGGCCCAAAAUGCUGCACCAAAGCAGAAGAAGAGAAGAUCGAAUGACCGAUGGCUGGUUUUAGAUGUGAUUGGGUCGAGUAUGCUCCUGUUCAGAGGUUCUGGGAUAGUCACCAUGAUGAUGAUGAACAUCCUCAAAAUACAUAUCGAAAUUGAUAUGGAAGCUUUCGAUUGGAUAAAUUAUUGGACGUUAGCUAUGGAAUUAUGCCUAAUCAUCUUGUCGAAAAGUCUCGUAUACUCAUAUCAGUAUCUUCGACAACCGAACGAUCAGAAUCGAGGUGUAGGAGUGGACAAAGAUUCGAUCAUUAAGAUAUCAUGGCUUCUACUCGAUAUGACACUCCGUACUACAUUACUGGCAUUCAAUGCUGGAUCAGAAGAAUGGAUAGGGACGACGAUGAUCGGUGACGGGAGGUGGAGGAUCAUCGUAGAAUGGUUGCUGUGGGGUAUAAUGGAUGGUGUCACUAUGAUGAUAAUGUAA